CCUCAGUCCCUGUCAACAACCAUCCGAGUCAAACCAAGCCAUCAUGGCAGAAGUAGCACCAGCCGCACCCGCUCCGUCCAAGACGGUCAAGAAGAAGAAGACCACCAAGACCGCGAAGGGCGGACCCAGCGUGUCCCAGCUGAUCACCGAGGCUGUCGCCAAGUCUAAGGAGCGCAAAGGAGUCUCCCUAGCCUCCCUCAAGAACUCCUUGAACGCCGCCGGUUACGAUGUGGAGAAGAACAAGGCUCGCAUCAAGAUUGCUGUCAGGAAACUGGUGGCCAAGGACAUCUUAGUGCAGACCAAGGGCACCGGCGCUUCCGGCUCCUUCAAGAUGAACAAGGCGUCCGAAGCCAAGCCCAAGAAAGCUCCCGCUAAGGCUAAGAGCGCCGCCAAGAAGCCCGCAGCCAAGAAAUCACCAGUGAAGAAAGUCGCAGCCAAGAAGUCUGUCAAGGCCAUAACUAAGAAGCCUGCAAAGAAGGCGACAACCCCGAAGAAGAAGGCAAAGACGGCGGCUAAGAAGAGCACCAAAAGCCCCGCCAAAGCUGCCAAGCCGGCGGCGAGGAAAGCCCCAGCGGCCAGGAAGAGUCCUGCUGCCAAGAAGAGCCCCGCUAAGAAGGCGAGCAAGCCUAAAGCCAAGACUGCAGCCAAGAAGAAGUGAUUCUUCUCUUCUUACAUUAAACCAAACGGCUCUUUUAAGAGCCACCACUUCUUUUUAAAGAGCAAUAAUCAAUUGUGACAUAAUUGUGUUACCAUGUUACAGCCUCUACAAUGUUCUUCACAAACUUCAAUUGGGGUUUGUUGAACUGAUAUAUUAGUCAAUGCGGUUGUCAGAUGAUGUGAAGUCUCAGAUGUUUACAUGGCAAACUCGAAACUAGAUCCAUUAUUUCACCCUCUUAAAGUGAACAUUAAAAGCCCUUAGAACUUUUCAAUACCGGCUCAGGGAUCUGAUUGAUUAAUAUAUUUUUAUGUUUCACACCUGUGUGUCAAAUGAAAUACUUUUUUUGCAGUAAAAUAAAAAAUAUAUAUUUUCCCCAGAAAUAUUUUGAAGAUGAUUAUUGGAAGUAAUCUGAUGCUUUAAACAGGUCAAUUUAAAACAUUGACUAUGAUUCGCUUUUUUUUUUAAACAUAGUUUCUUUAGCUGUUGGACUGUUUUUAUUUAAUUCCAAUGCUUCAACCUCAAAACCAAAUUUCAGAUUAUAAAAGGUUUUAUUUUUAAAUUAUCUUUGUUUCAUGUUUUUUUGAAAAACAAACCUUAGGUUUCAAACGACAAACAGCACAUUUGCAGAUUUCCCCCAAAAAUACUUCAAAGCGGAAGGUUCCAUUCAAUUUGAGUCUUGAAUAAUUAAUAAUAGCAUGGCAGCUGUUUUUGGUAUUAGAGUCAACAUUUCAACUUUUUAUAACAUAAUUAUAUUUUUUGUAAAUGAGCAGCAGGAGACAAUUGCCAUGGUACUGUUCUCCCUCUCUCGCUGUUAUGUUUUUUGCUGUUUUUUUUUUUCUUGUUUCUUGCAUUAAACAAAGAGAACACUGUC